CAUAACUAGUAAUUCAUAGAGAAGACAAGUGACUAACGACACGUUUUUUGUGUUGUUGUUGACUCUUUUCAUUUCUCACCGUCUCGCUCGUGGCUGGUCUCGAGCUAUACGUACGUCUAUUCUAUUCCGUCGUCGCUGGGUUGCCUCACUGCGCCGAGAGAGUCGAUCGAGCUCGCGACGCGACUCGAGUUAUUAGUUUUUUCCACGCCGAUCGAUCAAGAUGCACUCGAUGAGCCAAGCUUCGAGGAUUCUCCUGGCCUUCUCGCUGGCUAUUUCAGCCUGCGUCUGGGCUGGCAAGGACAUUAGCGAAGGACCAACUCCUGAAUACGUAAAGCAGUGCUCGAAAAGCGACCCAAAUCUCAAGCCAUGUCUGCUCGACGCUCUGGAUCAUUUGAGGCCUUACCUGAGGGAUGGAAUACCGGACAUCGAUUUGCCAGCCGUCGAGCCUUUUCGCAUGGACGAGCUGAAGCUGUCACUGACAGGUGGGCCGAACGGUUACACAGUGCGUCUACGCGAGCUCUACGUGAGGGGAGCGAGCAACUACACGGUCGAGGACAUCAAGUUGGGCUCACCCUUCGAAGCGAUCAUCAGGAUGCCUGCGCUCAUCCUUGAUGCUCAGUACUCCAGCUCGGGCAUCCUGAUAAUCCUGCCGGCGAGCGGCAACGGAACCUUCCACGCCCGCUUCGGUAACGCCCGCGCACUGGUGCGGGGCCUGGUCUCGACCCACCAGCGCGAGAACAACAACAAGACGUAUCUGCGAGUCGACACGCUCGACGUCAAGCUCGGCGUCAAGGACGUCCACAUGAGAGUCAGCAAGAUAUUCAACAAUAAUCGCAUAUUGACCGAGGCGACCAAUCUCUUUCUGCGGGAAAACGGCCAAGAAGUGCUCAAAGUCAUGGAGCCUCAGCUGAAAAGGAAACUCUCCACGGUCUUCAUCGGUAUCGUUAAUCAGCUCCUGCUCCACGUACCGGUCGAGACGUUUUUGCUGCCGUAAUGUAAUUGCGAGCUGCGUCCAAAAGUAUCUUGUACAAAAUAACAACUCAUUACUUUCGAUUGUGACUCGUGAAUUUUAUCCUGUACCUUACCGACUUAUUAAGCAACUUUUUCUACGGGAAACAGCUGCCUUACUAUUAGUAAACGUAAAUAAAUCUAUACUUAUAGCCUACCUCGUCGGCACUUGCGAUUUUGCAUGUUUUUGAUUAGUUUUUAGCCUUGUUGGUUUGUUUUUUUCUUAUUAUAUCAUAUCUUUUAUUCAUGUUAUUAUUAAUUUUCUAUCGGUGGCAAAAUGUCAAACUUGAAUGCGCUGACGUACAGCUUAGGAAUCGUGGGAUUAGCUUCUCGUAAAUGGCACGUUUGCGCUGGAUUUUUUCGUUAAAUCGUUGCAAUUAUAUCGGGCCUGCAUACGUGGAGCAUGAUUUUCGUUUGUGCAAAACGAUGGUCAUCUUUAGCAGGAACUUAUCAGACGAUGAUGUAAUGUAAUUUAAUGCGAUAGCCAACCUAAUGUGCCGAUACUUUGACUUUAAUUUUUAUUCUACGAUUUGUGAUAGUAAAGAUAUUUCAAUAAAAUUACAUUUUUAUUCGAA